AUGUCCUUUAACAACUUAUCUUUCAAUAUCUCCAAGUCGACUGCCACCACAUCCACAUCCACAGGUUCAUGGUCUAAUACCGAUGAUGGUAGUAAACUGGGGGCUAGUGAGGUUUCUUCGGGGACUAAUGGCAACUUCAUUCAUGGAAUGUUGGCAAAAUCUCCACCCCAACCUGUGGCUGAUCCUGUGGAUGUCAACGAAGAUAGUCAAGCUAAAGGUGUAGGUAAGACGGAUUUGAUUGAAUUGUUUGAUAAAUAUGAGAUAGGUGAAGUGGAGGAUAAGUUUGAACAGUUUAAAGCUAAUGUUGAAGAGGAUGAUAUUUUUGAUGAGAAGAAGGGUCUUGAAGAUGAGGCUGGCCGCCAUGCUGGCCUCCAGGUUGACCUCCAAGCACAAGAAAUAGGAUCUGGGACUCAAGAAAUAGGAUCUGAACUUCAAGAGAUUGAAACUCGGGAGACGGAAGCUCAAGAGAUGGAACAACCUAAAUCCAUUGAGUCCCAGGAACCGUCUGUCCCAGAACCUGUCUCAGAACAACAGUCAGAACCACAGUCAGAACAACCUUCACAAACCCCAACACAAACCCAACCUGUCCAGUCAUCUGAACCAUCCCCUGAAUUCAACCAAAGCUUAGAUGAAAUCGAAGAAGAUGAACAAUCCGCAAUAGAACAACACCAACUCACCCCUGAAGACAUGAAAUCUCAUCCCUAUCGUCCAGAAAUACGAUCAAGAUCUUUAAGUCAAGUAAACAUAGAUCCCUCAGAACAAUAUCAACAAUCCCAUAAACCUUUCAACUUCCAUAAUUUCCUUGAACACUUGAAAAAGAAGUCAGCUGACCCUGUCGCUAGGUACAUAAGAUCCUUUCUUCUUGCUUUCAACAAACAAUCACUCAAUUUGACUUUACAGCAAAAGGUUAAAAUCGUCAAAGAUUUCAAGAUCUUUAUGAAUGAAAAAUUCCAACUGUUCGAACCGUUCAUGUCCAUGGAUGAUACUGACUUGGAAAACAGUAGAGAAGGGUUGGAAAAAUUGAUUAUGAAUAGGAUUUAUACUCAUUGUUUCCCUCCAGAGAUCAUUAAAACCAGUUUACCCAUAAAUCUGGGAUUGGUGUCACGUGACUUAAACGAUGAUAAACUUUUUUCCAAGCAACUCGAUAAGUUUAGUUGGAUAAAUGGUCAACAUUUGGAUGUGGAUUUGGAUAAACUUGGAUCUCAAGCUCAUCAUGAUAAUGUCAACUUCAUGGAUUAUGCUAUCAAAGAGUUUCAGAAAAUCAACACUUAUAGAGCUCCUAGAGAUAAAAUUAUUUGCAUACUUAAUGCUUGUAAGAUAAUAUUUGGCUUUUUAAAAGUCAAUAAUCAAGAAACUAAUGCUGAUGCUUUCAUGCCUAUCCUUAUAAUCAUCAUAAUCAAGUCCAAAGUUGACCAUUUGAUCAGUAACAUCCAUUAUAUUGAGAAUUUCCGAAGUCAGGAAUGGCUCAGUCAUGGAGAAACCAGCUAUUAUUUAUCUUCAUUACAAGGAGCGGUCAAUUUCAUUGAAAACAUAGAGUUUGGGGAUUUAUCCAUUUCACAAGAAGAAUUUGAUGCUCAUAUGGAAGCUUGGGAAGCUGAUGAAAAGGUUAAACAACAACAAUUACAGAUGAUUAAACCUCAACCUAUUGAUUUACCUCAACCUUUAGAUCAACAACCUAAUCAAGCUUUAUCACCAUCACAAGUUCUUUUCACUUCAGCGGAGAUGUUUACCAAAUCCAUCUCGAACUUCCUUUCUCCUUCACCUCAAGGAUCUCCUGGUCCUGAUAACGAACAUUUGAUCCAACAGCAAAGGAAAGAAAUCCAACAACAGAAACUUCAAGUAGAACAACAAAAGAAACAAGAACAAUUGAUCAAUCAAACAUUUGACCAAUUACAAGAGAUAAUCCCCACUUUAGAUAAAAAUAUCAUGAGGGAUAUCGUCACUAUGAACAAGGGGGAUAUGGAUUCAAGUUUAGAUGCUUGUUUACAACUAGUUAGUGAUUAA